CUAAACUGCUUCCCCAAUUCCUGUCUCUCCAACCAGAUUUCCCAAUAUGUCAAGAACAAAAACAAUCUACAUAGUCCGCCACGGCCAAGGCCAACACAACAUCUCCGAAACCCAACCCGAGGUACUCUCCCUUCCUAACCCCGACCAAAAUACCCCUCCACCCCUAACAAAAUCAAACACAGGGCAACUCCCAAGUCAAAGACCCCUCUCUUACCCUCCUCGGGCGCACGCAAUGCCACGCCCUCCGAGAAGAAUUUCCUAUCCAUAACAAAGUCCAAGUCGUACUCGCAUCGGGAUUGAAGAGGACGAUACAAACAGCAGCCACGGCUUUCUCACCGGUGUUUGCGCGGGAAGAUGUGAAGAUGGUGUUAAUACCGUUAGCGCAGGAGAUUAGUGGACGGCCUUGUGAUGUGGGGACGGAUGUGGAGGUGUUAAGGGAGGUGAUGGAGGAUGUGUUGAGGGAUGUGGAUGUUAAAUUUCAGAGGGAGAGGAUAGAUUAUGGACUUUUGGUGGAGGGAUGGAAUGGGAAGGUGAGUUGUACUUCUAGCUUCAAGUUUGGCUACUUGCUAUUUCGUAUGUGAGGAUUUAGAGACUGAUAUUUGGUAUAGCAAGGGAUAUACGAAGAUUCCUUAGAAGCGGUUACCCGACGCGCUGCAGCGAUGCGAUCCCGGCUUUGGAGUCGACCCGAGACUUCUAUUGUACUCGUCACCCACGGUGCUUUUAUCCAUCACCUCACAGAGGACUGGACCGGAUUGGAAACUGGUAGAGGUUAGAAGUGUCUUGGAUCCAUUGGAGGUUGUGCUGAUGAAAAUAGGAACGGCGUGGAAAACGUGCGAAUAUAGAACUUUUACGUUCGAUGAGUCUUCGAAUGAGAAGGAGGCGCAUCUUGUUGAGGUUGGGGGUCCACCGAAGUUGGAAAAGAGACCGUGGGGGGCUCAUGCGGAUGAUAUUUCGGGGGUGGAAGAUGUUGCUUGAUGUAGAGUGGGAAAUUGAGAGGGGGGGUAUUGGUAAGGAAAUUUCCGUUGCUAUCGAAUGAAUCUGAACGUCGAUGGUCCUGCAGAAGUUUUCCAGAACUGGAUAACUAAUCUUAGAUUGUUAUUCCGGGGGUCGGAGCAGUUUGAUUUGACCCGUUCUUUGCGGCCCCUUUUGCUAUAGACGAAGGGAGUUAGACAGACGAAGCGAGUCACAUGAAAAGAGAGGAAGAAUUAUAAGCGAGGAUGCUGAUUUUUGCAGGUAGACAUAGAGCCUUGUACAUAGAGUACACAUAGAGUUAGAGGUAGAUAAUACCUAGAAAAGGUGCGGUCUCAUUCGUACCUAGGUAGUGAUUCAGGAGAAUUAGAGAUUCAUAGAAGAGUCACCUACACUAGCCUAUUGAGAUAGAGAGACAAGAAAACCAAUCUCUGCUAGCC